AGUUGUGCCUUAUGACAGUAACACAAAUCUUGUUGCCUGUUAAUAUUCCACCACGAAAACCCUGGCAAUUCCUGUGUGUUUUUAAUGUGACGACUGCAUUCCAGGGCUAUGAGAUCCACAUGCACGACAGCGUGACCAACACCACCGUCUGCCUGGGGAACACAACUGAAUACUACUUCAAAAUCGACAACCUGAAGCUGGGCCACAACUACACCUUCUCUGUGCAAGCCAGGUGCCUGUACAACGAAAUGCUGUGUGGAGCGCCAGCCCUGCUGCUGUAUGACGAGCUAGGAACAGGCGCGCUGCCCUCCUCCUCCAAGGCUGCGAGGUCCAGCGACGUGGCUGCCAUCGUGGUGCCCGUGUUGUUCCUGCUGCUGGUGGCGGUGGGGGUGGGCUUCAUCGUCCUGUUCGUUCGACACCGCCGGCUGCAGCACAGCUUCACAGCUUUCGCCAACAGCCACUACAACUCCAGACUGGGCUCGGCCAUCUUCUCUUCAGGGGACGAGCUGGGUGAUGACGAUGAAGACUCCCCAAUGAUCAGUGGAUUCUCAGACGAUGUUCCCAUGGUGAUCGCGUGAAGACGACGCCUCGCUCUCGUUCGUGUUCUUUUGUUUUCUUUUUUCGUGACCAUGUGCCAAUGGUGAUAUAGCGUAUUGAAGCGUAGCGCUGUGUACCAAACCUCUAGAAAACAAUCUGGGACCUUCGAACGAUCUAGAAGGUAGUUCUGGGGUUCGUGGUGGUAAUUAAAUAAAAAAAAAAAAAAAAAAGAAAGAAAUAUUUUUAAAAUACGAUGCACUUUUUCCGAUGCGCAAUAACUUA